AUGGUCAGGACUCGGCAACUUAAGCGGGGAGAGGUGACUUACUCCUGGGCGAAGGACGAGAAGGCUAAUAUGCUCAUCGCUCUUGAGGACAAUGACCAAACAAACCACCAACUCGCUCAUUUGUACAGUCAUUCCACCUUAGUGGAGCAACUUGUCGCACACCACCUGGGAAUAUCCCCAAAAGAGUGUGAAGUGGCUGGGGGUUGGUUCCAUGGUAGCUACAAUAUCUGUGUCCCAAUUUCUGUCCACGGUCGCAGACAGAUGUUGAUGCGAUUUCCAAUAUUACACCGAGUCGGAGAAUCGUUUCGACCGGGCAAUUCAGACGAGAAGAUACGAUGUGAAGCUGGAACUUACACAUGGCUGAAUGAAAAUUGCCCCUCAGUUCCCGUGCCUAAACUUUACGGAUUUGCUCUGUCGACUGGCCAAUCUUACACUGCCGCUGAGAAACUACCAUGGCUCCCGCGCUGCUUCCACCAUAUUCGUUGCCAAAUACUCAAUUUAUUCGGCUAUGCUGUUCCAUCCAAAUAUGUCCGGCACCAAGGGCCGAGUUUUGAUGUACUAAAAGCCGGGUAUCUUUUGAUUGAGUACAUCGAUAAGUCUAAGGGUACUAUGCUUUCAUGUACUUGGGAAGACAAGCGACAUGACAACAGUUUUCGUGGCAAUUUAUUCAAGGGUCUUUCGCGGAUAUUAUUGGACAUCGCCAAGGUUCCAGUACCACGAAUCGGCUCAUUUGUCAUUGAUGAUGAUGGCUUUUUAAUGUUGAAUAACAGACCACUUUCAAUAGAAAUUCAUGAGCUGGAGGGAAAGCAGAUUCCGGUUGACAUUCCAAGGGAUAUGACUUACUCCUCAGUUGACUCUUAUAUUACUGACAUUCUUGCAUUUCAUGACAGCCGUUUUGCUCACCAGCCAAAUGCUCUUAAGGACAGUGCCGACGGUGCCUUUCAAGCGGCAGCUUUGGCAACAAUGAGAACAGUGUCUUCCUAUUUCUUUAAACGCGAACUCCGUCGGGGCCCGUUUGUGUACGUUUUGAAUGAUCUUCACCAAAGUAAUAUUCUUGUUGAUGAGGAUUGGAAUAUCACAUGUCUUAUUGACUUGGAGUUUGCCUGUUCACGGCCGAUUGAGAUGCUUCAUCCCCCCCAUUGGUUCACAAAUCACUACGUUAAUAAGAUUGAUGUGAACCAUUUUACAGUCGCACAUCAUGAGUUCGUGACUCUCAUGGAACAGCAGGAAAAGGAGCUCUACACUGAUACAACAAUACCUGUUGCUAGUGUCAUGAAAAGAGGAUUGGAGAGCAAAUCAUUCUGGUAUUCCCUGGCUUUAAAAAGUAUAACCGGACUUGAGCAUAUAUUUUUCGAGCACAUUGAAACGACAUUCGCAAAUGACGCCGAUGACGACCCUACCUUUAUCAAAGUGGCACAUAAAUUCUGGACUGCACAAGUGGAUGAGUUCUUAGCUAAAAAGGUGAAAGACAAAGCAGCUUAUGACAAAAGACUUCAAGAAGAGUUCGACGUCGACUUCGCCGCAUAG